GGGUUGGCAACUGCAGGACCUUCGGAGUCGGGAGGCGAGGCAUGGCGACGCGGGCUCGCGGCUUCCUGCUGCUCCGGGGCGGCCUGUGCCGAGGGCCUGCGAGGGCCCCGGGAGGAGCCGAGCGCGCGUGGCGAGGCUUCGGGAGCAGCGGCGUGAGACAUGAAGCCAUUGUCAUCUCAGGAACUGAAAUGGCUAAGCAAAUCCAAAAAGAAAUACAGCAAGGUGUGGAAUCAUGGAUUGCUCUUGGGAACAGGAGGCCCCACCUCAGUAUCAUUUUAGUGGGAGAUAACCCAGCAAGCCACACCUACGUCAGGAAUAAGAUAAAAGCUGCUUCUGCUGUAGGUAUCUGCAGUGAGCUCAUCAUAAAGCCCGAGAACGUUUCUCAGGAGGAGCUUUUGGAUAUCACUGAUCAACUGAACAUGGACCCAAGAGUCAGUGGUAUACUUGUUCAGCUCCCUCUUCCAGACCAUGUGGAUGAAAGAACAAUAUGCAACGGAAUUGCCCCAGAAAAGGACGUGGAUGGAUUUCAUAUUAUCAAUAUUGGAAGACUGUGUCUCGAUCAGCAUUCUCUGAUACCUGCCACUGCCAGUGCUGUCUGGGAAAUAAUAAAAAGAGCAGGAAUUGAAACAUUUGGGAGAAAUGUGGUUGUAGCAGGAAGAUCCAAGAACGUGGGCAUGCCAAUCGCCAUGCUGCUGCACACGGACGGGGAGCAUGAGCGCCCUGGAGGAGACGCCACGGUGACAAUAGCUCACAGACACACUCCCAGAGCGCAACUGAAGGCCCAUACUCAGCUGGCAGACAUUAUCAUAGUGGCUGCAGGUAUUCCCAGGCUGAUUACGGCUGAUAUGGUUAGAGAAGGCGCAGCAGUAAUUGAUGUGGGUAUCAACUAUGUUCAAGAUCCUACGACAGGAAAGACGAAACUAGUUGGAGAUGUAGACUUGGAAGCUGUUAAGGAGAAAGCCAGCUUCAUCACUCCAGUGCCAGGAGGUGUGGGACCCAUGACUGUCGCCAUGCUUCUGAGGAACACGCUGCUGGCUGCUAAGAGCAUCACUUACUAGAUCGCGCAGAUCUAGCAUCAAAAUGGACAAUGGGGCUUAUUUAUUUGACAUCAGGCAGAGCUAUUUCUAUUUUACUACAAAGCUAUUUAUUUCUACAUUGUAUUUAUUUUUUCAUCAGUGGACUCAUCAUGGAACUAAUUAUUUACACAACCUUUUGAAUUUCUUGCCAAUAGAUUUUGAGUUUUAAGAAAAAAAAAACCAAACAAUUCCAACGAUAAGUUUGGUAACAAUUCUUUAUGAGUAUUUGUUCAUAAUGUUAAAACAAAUGAAGAAUUCAUAUUAAAUAAAUAUAUUUUUGACAUACCCUAAAUAUCACACACAGUAUGUUUUUGAACACUGUUUUAUCCGCCAAAUGGGUGCCAUGUAAAUUGUAAUUUGUUAUAACCGUGAUUUUUUUAAAUAUAGUUCAUUAUUCUAGGUUGUCUGUUGAAAAAGAGCUUAUCUGUUAGGAGGAAGACAGAAUGUUGAGAAUGAAGUCUUCAUCUCAGCUAUCUCCCAGCAUCCCACACAGCAAUCCUAUGGAAAAAUUGACGUUUUAGUUAAAAAUGAAACUAUUUAGGCAAAAGUCACCAUGCUACUUGGAAAACUAAAACUUGAUGACUUGGUGUAGUACAAGGACAUAUGUGUUAGGUGCCACAUCACUGAGUUCACUGGUGUGGGAUAAGACCGUGUGUGUUAGGGUUUCACACUGUUCAUUUCUCUUCACUACUGAUAAUAGAAAUUCUCAAAGCAAAUGAAUGCACAUAGUUAAAUGAGAGUGAUCUUCCCCAAAGUGUCAACCAAACACAGUGCUGAUGCUGCGUGACUGACUAUGCCAUUAAAGAACUGUCAUAUGUUUUUUCAUGGAAUAGAAAUCUGAUAGAAUCAUAUGUUUUCAUUUUACUAAAAUUGAAUCCUGAGAUAUAACUAAAUGCUAGUCUUUGUGCAGACAUUUCUUCUCUUUUCCAGGAUAGCAAUUAGUUUCUAACAACAGAUGCUGUGUUUCUAAUACAAUUGAAAUUGGGAAAUAUGUGUGACUGUUAAAGGUUAUUAAUGACUAGAUCCAUAUAAUUGGUACUGAGGUUUCAUGCCCAGAUCCCAAUAUGUUUGUGUACUAAUAAUGGUCCUUGUUCAAUGCAUGUGUUUAUCAGUGUGCCUCUUGAUCCUCUGUGUGAAAAUAGACUAGCUGUUUAUAACUAGUGUUUUAACUGUCCAAUAAAAGCAUUUUGAUGAAGAA